CUCCAGUCUCGGAACACCUCACACAUGCCUCCCAAAGGAUGGAGAAAGGGCCAAACGGCCGGCCCCAGGCAGACUCUUGUCCUCGAUAACGGCGCAUAUACCAUCAAAGCUGGACUGGUGACGACCGGCCCCUCCUCAAAACCUACCUACGACGACUGCCACAUCUCUCCCAAUUGCAUCGCGCGCAGCACGCGCGACAAGCGCACGUAUAUAUCCUCGGACCUGGAUGAGUGCAGGGACUUUGGAGAGUUGGCGUUUCGGCGUCCCGUCGAGAAGGGCUUCAUUGUGAAUUGGGAGUCGGAGAAGGCGAUCUGGGAGCAUGAGUUUAUGAAUGAGGGUAAGGGAGGGUUGAGGUGUGACCCUAAAGAGACGAAUCUGCUCUUGACUGAGAAGCCGAAUUGUCCAAAGGAGUUGCAGAAGAAUUGCGAUGAGAUCGUGUUUGAGCAGUUUGAGUUUGCCUCGUAUUAUCGGAGUGUCGGUGCAACUUUCAAUGCCUGGCACCCUUCGUCACUCCUCUCCCUUCCUCAGGAGUGUCUCCUCAUAAUAGACACCUCCUACUCCGACACCACCAUACUACCUAUAUACUUCGGGCAGCUUCUCCAAACCGCAGUCAGGCGUCUCACAGUGGGCGGCAAACUGCUCACGAACUACCUCAAGGAGCUGUCGUCUCUCCGACAUUAUAACAUGAUGGAGGAGACGUAUCUCCUGAACGAAAUCAAGGAGGCCGUAUCAUUCGUUGCACCAUCAUCAGAGCAGUUCGCAAAAGAUCUGGAACGGACAUGGAAGGGUCGAGUAGGCGACAAGAGGACUCUCGAUCCGAGCAUAGUGGUCGAUUAUGUCUUACCGGACUAUGAGCAAUCCAUACACGGGUACGCACGACCUCACGACCCGGAGAAAUACAGAAUGCGCCGCGGUCUGCAGCCUCAGCAAGGGCCGAGAGAAGAUUUGCUUCCCCUAGGAAAUGAGCGCUUUGCAGUACCGGAACUGCUGUUCAGUCCAACCGACAUUGGCCUCCAGGAGGCAGGGAUCCCAGAAGCAGUCAUGCAGUCUCUCAGUGUUUUACCGGAAACAUUGAGAGUGGGACUGCUGUCGAAUAUCGUGGUCGUGGGAGGGAAUUCGCUCAUUGAAGGCUUCAUGGAGAGACUGGAGUCGGAACUACGCGUGCUUGUGCCUGCGGAAUAUGCGAUGAGUUUGCGGAGAGGAGAGGACCCGAUCAAGCAUACUUGGCUGGGGGCCGCGAGGUUUGCGAGUCAACCGGAGCUGCUAAAGCAGGUGCUGGUCAGUAAGGCGGAGUAUGAUGAGAAUGGCUCCGGAUGGUUAGGAAGGAAGUUUGCGGGGGAGAUAUGAAAGGGUUGGAUUUACUCAUGCUGGAGCAAGACGCUCAAGAGCGGAAGAUCGGGCCUAGUGAUGCUGAAAGCAAGACUCAUGAUCGAUGACUUGGGCUUUACUAAUGAUCAAAGACUGGUUUCAUGUCAUUAUUCUCUGUAUCUUUUCCGCU